AUGUUAAUAACUGAAGCAUAUAAUAAUUUAGGAUCGAAAAUAAAUUUUGCUCAAUAUGUUGGUGAAGAUCAAUGGUGUGUUAUACAUUUACCAAAAUCAGCUCGAAAUGAACCAAAAUCACGUAUAAGAAAAAUGCUACCUGGUGGUGGUAAUGAAAAACCUGGUAGUAAAUCAUCCGAUUCAAAAUCAACAAAUAAAAAAAGUGGAUUUUUAAAUCGUUUUCGUACGGGUGUUAGUACACUUGUAAGUGAUGAAAAUAAUAUAUUAUUUGGUGAACAAUCACCUUAUGAAUUAAAUUAUUAUGAAGAAGAAGAAGAUGGUGUUGAUACAGAUGAUUUACAUCGUUAUGCACAAAAAUUACGUGAAUUAGAAGAUACUGAUCGUGAAGUAAAUCCUGAAUUUCUUGUUUUACGUGAUGGUAAAACUGUUUAUGCUGUACAUGAAGCUGAUGCUGAAGGAAAAGUGACUUUAUCAACACGUAAACCAAUUUAUGAUCGUCAUAGUGAUCAAGCAGUAGAUGGUGAACCAGUAGAAAAAAAGAAACUUUUAAGUCGUCUUAAAAUUCCAUUUGGACGAAAUAAAGAUAAAGAUAAAGAUGGUAAAGGUAGUAAUUCACCUAAACCAACUCCUGAUGAAACACCAGAUUCUAAUGGAAAACGUAAAGGACGUAAAACAAAUAACAAAACUACUGAUGACGAUGACAACAAUGCCACAUAG